CGGCAGGUGGCGCCGCCGAGCCGGCUCCGGGCAUAAAGUCGGGAGAAGGAGCGGAGAAAUGUGACCGAGAUGGGGCAGUUGGCGGAGGGAGGAAGCGGAUAGGGGAAAAAAAUAGAACAAAGAAAUCGCGGCGGAGGAGACGAGCGGCAGAGGUGGCUGCACUUCUUCGGCUGCGGGGGGAAACUUGCGGGGCUGCUGGAGCAGCAGCGAGCAAGCGGCUUUGUCUGCAAGGGUUUGCAAAAGCACCACCUAGUCCUGCCGCUCCCCUCCCAUGCUGAGGGGAAGACGGGAUCCUGGGAGCCAGAAAGAAGGGGGAACUGCCGGGGACUGCGACGCCGCGGCGGCCGGGGGUGUGCCGAAGUUGCCUGCGGAGCGCCCCGGGCUGGUGCCGGGAGCGGGCGCCCGCAUCCCGGGGGGGUCCGGGCGGCCCCUGCCCUCGCUGCCCCGCAAGCUCGGGGAUUACUGGGCGUUUCGACAACAGCAAAACUAGCAGAUUUCAAAGUGAAAUUCCGGAGGAAAUUUAAAGAGCAUCCGGAUCCGGAGAAAGACAGAGAAAGAAAGAGGAAGGGAGAAAUAAAUCAAAACGUGGAGAGAAUCUAAGGCAGCCGAAAGAAAGGACGGGAGAGAAAGAAGCUGACACCCAGGCAAAGAUGGGGAAAUGAAUCACUGUGGAGGCAAAACCAAAAAGGAGACUCAGUCCAGCUAGGAGACCUGAGAAGGAAGCUGCUGGAGGAGAGACGUGUACUAACUCCGCUGGCCUGUAGUCUGUCUUACCCUUACUAACAAAUGUCAACAACUAGGGAGCAGCCAAUCUUCAGCACCAGGGCCCAUGUUUUCCAGAUCGACCCUGCCACCAAACGGAACUGGAUCCCUGCCAGCAAACACGCCUUGACUGUCUCCUAUUUCUACGAUGCCACACGCAAUGUGUACCGGAUCAUCAGCGUGGGGGGCACCAAGGCGAUCAUCAAUAGCACUAUCACCCCCAACAUGACCUUCACAAAGACAUCCCAGAAAUUUGGACAGUGGGCAGACAGCCGAGCCAACACAGUUUAUGGUUUGGGCUUUGCUUCAGAGCAACAUCUCUCCCAGUUUGCAGAGAAAUUCCAGGAAGUGAAAGAAGCAGCCCGUUUGGCAAGGGAGAAGUCCCAGGAUAAAACCGAGCUGACCAAUCCUGCCCUGAAUAUCACAUCUCAUCAGGUACUUCCCAGCCCCAUCAUCAGCUCCAAUGGACCAGGGGAAGACAAGCUAUUCCGAAGCCAAAGUGCCGAUGUUGAGAUAACAACAGAGAAGGAGCGUCUGAAGAAGAUGCUUUCGGAAGGUUCGGUGAGUGAGGUCCAGUGGGAAGCUGAGUUCUUCAGCCUCCAGGACAACAACAACAAGCUCGUGGCUGCUCUUCAUGAAGCCAAUGCCAAUGUGGACCAGUGGAAGAAGCAGCUGGCGGCAUAUCAGGAGGAGACGGAAACGCUGCGGCAGCGGGUAGCAGAACUGGAGUCACAGGGGGCUCACGAUUCCUCCAGUGAGAACAACAAAGAAGAUCUGAGCCAGACCCUGGAGGAGCUGGAACUGCUGAUCAAGACAAAAGAUGAGGAAAUUCAGAUGCUGAAGAGCCAGAAGUGCAGCCGAUGGGAAGCAGAGGGUGAGCGUGAGGAAACACUGCAGAAGCUGCAGGAGCUGGAGACACGCAACGCAGAGCUGGAGCGCCGCCUUCACCUGGCUGAGCAGACGCUGGCCGAGACCCUGGCUGAGAGGGAGAAGAUGCAGAGCGAGGUCACCAAGGUGGCAGAGAUAAUGGAUGUGAAGAUUUUCGAGCUCAGCGAGAUCCGUCAGGGACUAGCCAAGCUGGCAGAGAGCAACUGAGAAGCAGCACUCACGGAGCAGACACCUCCGAGAGGAGGGGAGCCCGAGCUGGGACUGGUCACUGACAGCAAUUAUAGUCACAGAACAGCCUCAAGGCCUGUUCGGGCAGGAUACACCAACAUACCAGCAGCUGCCUGGACAGCACGGAGACCAGCCGCAGCCACUUACUGCCCACUGAACACCCAGACGGAGGGCAGAGAGGACCUGAGCUCCUGAAUCCUCCGCAAGGAGCAUCUACAAAUCACAGCCAGGCCUCUCUGGUCCCUGCCAUCGCUGUGGCAUGGCCCAGAGACAGCAGGCUGUCCCUGUGCUGCUCAGCAGCUUGUCUGUCCCAGCCUCCCUGUUGCCACACUGCAUCUCCAAUGUUUUUACAGUUCUUUUCUAGGGAAGGGGCUGAGCAGCCUUCGCGUUUUUUCAGUAGUUUUUUAGGGAACCACUUGCCUUUUGCAAAAUAUGCUGCCUCUGUUUCCCUACCUCGGGAGGGAGGAGAGGUGCCAGCGCACCAAGGACAACAGUUGCUCCUUUUUCUUCUUCCCCAGCCCUAACUAUAUCAUGUCUUUCUAACAGGAUCCAGUAACGCUGGUCACUGUCAGGAGCUUCCAGAUGUAGCAGAAGUCCCCACUGCAGACAAGGGUGCUUGCCUGCCCGUGUGUCCUUUCCCAUGUUCAAUUACAUCCUCCAGAGGAAAAGGAACUGCAGGUUUUAAAGCUCUUUUUAGUUUAACACAGUGGGUUUUUAUGACUUCUUAAAACUGCUUUAAGCUGAGAGCACAGGCCUGGUUGGGAUAGGGGCAUCUGAGAAAUGGGACACCCCCAAGGGGAUGGCCAACCAAUUGCUAGAUUGGUAUCUCUCCCAGCCUCUAAGGACUGCAGAUAAUUGGAAUUAAAUGGAGCAAAUCGCAGUUGCUCUUGGGGUUCUUUUUCUUUUUUUCUUUUUUUUUAAUUGGGAAACAGCCCACAGAGAUGUCUUGCUCUGUGUCAUUCUGAGCCAUAUUCCUUGUGAAGGGUACAGGUCCCAGCUUGCCACGCUUGGCUGGAUUAAACAAGAACAUGAGGUGUUUGGAGUAUGCUGGGACCAGUGCCCAUUGGGCACUGUGGGAAGUUUGUGGGUUAUCAUAGAUGUUGUCUAGUAAUAGGAAUUGAGCAGGGCCUGAGGGAGGCACUGCGGAAACCUGGAAAGCCAUGUCUCCCCAAGGUGCCCUCCAAGCCUCUGUAGUUACCUAGGAGCAUGCUUAGCCCUGUGCCGAAUGACGAAGCAGUGUCUGUGUAGAAGUAGUUAGUAACCUUACAGGAGUGUUGCUGAAUUUGGAUUUUUUUAUUGUUUUUUGCUCUCUUUGCCACUAUAGGUUAGGCAAAGAUAGCAGUAAUCCUGGGAACGUUUCACAGGUCUGCAGAAAUCGUAGCACUUAGCAAACAUGGGAUGCCAAAUACUGCCUUCUCCGCACCCAGCCGAACCUUGGCAAACCUGGGUGAAGGCAGUACAGCUCCUCAGGGCCUGCCUCUCCUUUCGCUCACCUGGUGACCAGGAGAGAAACCCCCUGCUCCCACACACCGCCUGCAAGUCAGGGCAGAAAUAGGUCUGGCACCUUGGAAAUUUGCUGGAGCAGAGAACUGCUGGUAACUGCGCACUGAAUUGUAUCUAGGCAAAGCCCUUCCCUCUCCCGGGGGUGAUGAGGAAACACGGAGAUUUCCAGACCUGCGUAGCCAGGGAGGGGCUUUUCUGUUUGGGGAUUUGGUUGUUUUGGGGGUUGUUUUUUUUUUCUUUCUUUCUUUUUUUUUUUUUUUUGCAUGAACUAUUCCCAUGACUGUAUGGGGCUGGAGCUACUGUAGUAAUAUUUGUCGCAAGGUAUUUAAGAGGGGAAGGAAGUAAGCUGGGUGGCAGAAAUUUCUAGGGACUUGUUUACUACCCCAUGUCAGUGCUCACGUUUUAUCCCUACAGGAGCAGCCUUGUUUGAAAUAGAGAUCAGCUCCAAGAAA